AUGAAAAUUAAUUUUUUAUGAAGUCAAUUGCUUGUUUUUAGCAUACAGCUUUAUUUUGCUUCUGCGUUAUCACUUAAAGAUCAAGAAACUAUCAACUCAGAUGAUUAUCUCGAUGAUUAUUCAGCAGCUUUAGAAGAUGCGAAAAACCCGACAUCAGAUAAAAUAGUUAAUUCUUUAAUUCCUCUCAGGAAGGAUAAUUCUGAUCUUACUUUUGACAGUGAUGGAAAGGCUCCAUGCCAAAUAACCGUGCACUUUUGAUAGUGAGAAUUUCCUGGGGAAAUUCAUUUGAAUUUUUUUGAUAGUGAAACAUUUGACCGAAAACCAUUAAAUUUUUACCAAAUGAUACCUUAUUUACCAUCAAAUUAUUCGAUGAAAUGCACAAUAUGAAAAGCGGACCAGCACCAGAUGGAAAGGUUUUAAUGGUUUUUCUUGGCAAACUUAAUGAUUUCCAAUAUGACCAAGGUGAAGAAAUAAGAAUUAUUAAAGACACUUUUAUUACAGCUUAUCCUGAGCUGAAAGAUAUAUGCUCAACAUUUGAGUCUGAUGAUAUAAAAUUAGAAGUAUUUCAGAUGCUAGGAAUGUCUCCUUAUGAUAGCUCAGAUGGAGUAAUAGAAAUCUAUAUAGAUCUUUCUGAUAUAUUUAGGCCUUGUCCAGAUCCAGAUAUUGCUGAUAUGGAGUGCCAAGCGGAAAUUCCAUUAAGCGGAAAUGAAAUUCCAUAUGGCCAAGAUAUUCCUUGGUAUUGUCCAGAAGAUGGGGAAAGCGUUUCUCAGGUUUCAGGGGACUGGGUUCAAGUCAGUGAAGAUCACUUUUCUUGAAUGUGUGAUGAAUGGGAAUCUUCAUAUAAUAAUAGAAUCAUUAAAAUAGUGUUGAUAUGGUGAUCCGUAAAUUGAUCAGACCUAGAGGAGAAGAGUCGGAUUGCGUUAGUUAUCCUGUUUGAGUUUUUUGGUCCAGGGACUAGCCCUCAACUGGGUUGCAGACUGCCUACCAGUGCAAUAUCCUUCAAUACUCCAUGGGAGCAUUAUCAAGUCUGCGAUACGGCACAGAAUGGUCAUGAAGGAGGUAAAGAUGGCUUGCCCGCUCAUAUCAGAGGCUUUUGUUUGAUAGGAUCCAUAGACAGGUAGAGUGAUCUCCUGAUAGACCUCCUACGUAAGAGGUCAGAGUGCAAAUGCAGGCGUGAGGACAGCGCGAAGCUAUCUGCGAGACACAGAGAGGCUGAAAUGAUCCCAAGGCCUACUAGAUUUUAAUUUAAUCUAUCAUAUAAUAAUGAAGAUAUAUAUGAAAAUAGGCCUUGGACUGGACUCGGAUACACAUAUAACUGGGGAUCUUAUAAUCAUGUAGGCUGUAGUGAGUUUGCAAUAUUGGCAUAUACUUAUGCUGUUUUUAAUCAAAAAAUGUCAAUUGAGGAUUACUGCAAUAAUAUUUAA